AUGCCGAGAGGAAUCCAAAAGCGGGAAACACCACGUCGGCGGAAGAUUGCCCUGGCUUGUGAAUCUUGCCGAGACAAAAAAGUCCGGUGUGAUGGCGAAAAGCCAAUAUGCGGGCCUUGCGUUCGUCGAUCUUAUUCAGUGGAGCAAUGCGUCUACAAGAUUGAUAAUGCAAGAUCAGCCAGCAACGAUGAGUACUUGAAAAUCCUCCAUGAACGCAUCCGGGAACUAGAGGAAACAUGCACCAAAGGCGGAGUCGCCGUACCACCUGCACCAUCUCAGAAUGGGGGUGACGAGGCUGAAAGUCAAAUGGACGAAGAUGUGGACUUGGACCCCCUCGACACAGAAUCUCGUACCUCGGCCGCAGCUGAAGGAUUGCUGGGCUUGGGGUCGACUCCUGUUGUGCCGGGACCAACGUCCAUACCGGCAAGCUCUCCGUUCCAACCCCCAAGGCUCCCUGCUCAGAGGAAUGUCUCGGAUGCAGAGGAUGUCUAUCGGACACCGCGGCCUUCACAUCUAUCGUCUGAGCCGGCGCGGCCCAGAGCAGGGAGUAUCUACCCAUCUCCUUCUAUCAGCUCCCAUGGAAAUGUCACUGCCAUGGGCGCUAUAUCCGUGCCGGAAGAUGAUCCAGGCACAGACUCCCCGCGAGAGCAGCAAUACUACGGGAAUUCCUCAGUGGCCUCCUUCAUGCGCCUCGCGGGGGAGCCGAUGCCUCUACAGUCAUACAUGUCUGCACUACGGGAGGGCAAAAAUGAAGCUCCUCUAACACAAGGUCCCGAAACAGGCCUCUGGCGUGAUCUGGGACACCCUUCUGUGGAUCUUCGAUUCGAUGACUUCUCUUUACCGCCUCGAUCAUUGGCAGACCACCUACUCGAAUGUUACUGGGACAGGGUACAUUGUCUUUUUCCCUUCUUUCAUCGUCCAAGCUUUGAGCAGGCUUAUGAAAACCUCUGGGGGUCGACGAAAUCGCCCAAGCCUGAGUUGCCGCAACUGAAUAUCGGCCUUGGGGGCGCAUAUGAUUGUGGUCCGAACUCGAUGGUUUUCCAUUGCGCCCUGAACUGUAUCUUUGCUCUUGGGUGUCACUUCUCUGACAUUCCUCCUUCCGAACGAGAGGCAGCGGUUUACUCAUUCUUCCUGCGUGCCAAGCGAUUCGUGAACCUGGAUCUUCUCGACAUCGGUACUAUCGGGGUUGUGCAAACACUCCUGAUUGUCUCACUGCUCCUUCAAAGUACGCCUUAUCCGAACCGAUGCUGGAAUGCUAUUGGGUUGGCUUGUCGAGCUGGACAAGGUCUUGGAUUACACGAGACAACGACGAAUUCUUCAUGGAAGCCUUUGGAGACAGAGAUCCGGCGGCGAACAUGGCACAGCUGUGUCAUUAUGGAUAUGAUCGUGAGCAUGACGCAUGGAAGGCCUAGCAUGACUUCACAUAUUUCACCCGUACCCUUGCCUGAAAUGGGAACCGACUCCCAAGCAAGUGAUCCAUGCGAGCUCAGCGGACAGUCUUGUGAUCACAUCAACGGGUAUCUGACAUUCUACGUCUCGACCAUUGAGUUAUACAAGAUUCUCGAAUCUAUCUUAUCUGAGGUCUAUAAUGCCUGGCAGACCCGGUCGAACAGCAAUCGCUCAUCGUCGCCUCGCAGCUCCAAGAUGUGUAGCCUAGAUGUCUUGAUGGAACUGGACGAUAGGCUCUCUGCGUAUGAAGCCAACGUGCCAUCGCCGCUCAAUUGGACAAAUGAGCCAUUGCAACGUGCGGGUAGUGGUGGCAUAUCUAUCUUCAAGCGUCAACAAAACGUUCUGCGAGCUAGGUACAUAGCAAUUCAUCUUCGCCUUUUGUUAUACCGCCCUAUGUUCACCCAGCUGUGCUCUGACGAAAGAGCAAGCUCUUCAAGGCGCUCUGACGUUGAUCCAGGAGAUCGAGGCAAUUCGGCGCCCGCAGAAAAGAAUCUGAUAUAUUCAUCGGUCUUUUCCAAAUGCGCCGCCUCUUGUGUCUUGGCAGCCAUUGACUUGGUAUCUCUCGUUCAUCAGACAUACCGAACCAGCGUAACCGAUGCAUGGUGGUAUAAUGGCUUCUGUUUCAUCCUUAUUAUGUCAUACUCCUGUCGAUCAGUGCGUGAACAAGUCGAUCCACAACUUGUAGAGGAGAGCUGGCGUAAAUGUGAAGAGAUUCUUGCUUUCAUGGCAAUGUUUAGCUCAUCUGCGCGCAACUCGCUUCAAUUUCUCCAAGUCACCCACCAGCAUAUCGUCCAAAACUAUUCCGCACCGUCCCGACCCGGCGAAAAUACAUCACUUGCAAACACGCAUUUGCAGCAGAAGGUCAAUCAGUUCCAGAGCCGGCCGGAUCUAUCCCAGCAUGCGGAGCCGGUUUCUGACGAUCAUGGUAUUCGUCAGGAAUCUGGCGCAGUGGACAUGAAUCCUUUCACCACGUGGGAUGAGAUGGGCUUGGGGCAAGAGGAUUUCGGGUUCCUUGGGAGAUUUGACUUCCCUGAUCUUGCAAGCUGGUUCACCGAUAUCCCUCCUUGA